UCACGUGCGCUAGCACCAAGGCCCAAAUGUAGUCGUCGUCGCCUUUCGGUAGAAAAAAGACGAAGAAAACUCCAUAGCACAUCGGCGGCGGCAACAAAAAGCGGGGAAACAGUGCGCUGAAAAUGUGCACUGAACAGGAAAGACGACACUGCCGGGAGGAAGAAGGCGAGGGGGAAAACAGUUUAAACUGCAUCAAAGUUAGUGCAACGGGCGGGCGGGCGCCACCGACGGCAAAAGAAAACUCUCUCGCUUUGGUCAAAACUGAAAAAUGUGAAAAUAAGGAGCCUCAAACACACACACACGAGCCCAAUCGUUUUGGAAUCUAGCUCUAAAGCCCUCCCCCUCCGCUGCCUACCAUCAUGCUCGUUAGUUUUUCGCAGACGAUUUUCCCGCUUUUCCACCGGACCAGUGAGCGGCUAUAACGGUCGGUCGGACGGAAAAAAAACGAAAAAGAGGCAAGAAGGAGACGCACAGCGAUCGCGUGGGUGGGUGUAGCGUACUUUCUUUGCUGGAACAAUGGGGUGGGUGAGUUGGGAGCAGGAAGCCAGGGGCAAGAUGCACACAGCCCUUCCUAACUUUGCAGAUUAAACAGAGCAUUCAGUUUUGUUUAAAAGCGGCCGCAUAUCAAUUGUUCAAGUCAGUAUCAGCAGUUGCACCGAUCGAUAAGCAUUACAGCAGCUUACAAAAACAGCAGCUCCAGUGUAAGCAGCAGCAGCAUCCAACAGCGGUGGAAGUGCAUUCUCAGCCUAUCAGUGCGUGUGUCACCAGUUCGAGUGUGUGUGGAAUUAGAGAACCCAGCAAAAAGAACCAAACCAAAGCAGCCAGAAUGUACAGCAGUAGCACCAUGUUGAAGUAUGUGACGCUUGCCUCGGUCAUCGCGACGGCCCUCUGCGCCAGUGCCGGUGUUCGCGGUGCGUCCCGGCAGGAACCGAGCGGCGGCGAGCUGGGCGUACUGCAGAAGGUGUACGAUGACUGCCAGGACAAGCAGGACUUCACCGGCUGCCUGAAGGGCAAGGCCCUGACCGCCAUCUCCCGUGCUAUUGAUAUGGAAUCCAUCCCACUGCUCGAUGGAAUCGCGCUGGUGAAGCAGGACAAGGCCGAAAACGUGACCGUCCCGCUGCUGAACGAUGCCCGUUCGAUGAGCGGCCUGACCACCGUCGACCGCACUCUGCUGGACAAGGUGGAGCAGUUCCUGCGCACCCACGUCGUCCGCUUCGAUAUGCGCCAGCAGUCGGAGGCGGCCCGCGGCAACAAGCAGAACAAGCACCACCGCUACCUGAUCGCCGCCUUCCUGACCGCGAUGGGCAUCGCUGGCCCGAUCGGUCUGAAGGCGCUCGCUGCCAUCGCCGGUAAGGCGCUCGUCAUCUCGAAGGUUGCGCUCACCAUUGCCGGCAUUCUGGCGCUGAAGAAAAUCUUCGCCCACGAUCACCACGAGGAGACGAGCUUCCAGGUGCACGCAUCCGGACACGAUAACCGACGAACUGCCUACGUGAUGCGCCCCUCGAAGGUCGCCGCCCCGGCCAGCGUUGAUCCUUACCGGUACUACUACGAGCAGCAGCAGCAGCAGCCCCAGCAGCAGUACGCUGCCCAGAUGUAAGCUUUCGGUGCCACAACAACUGCUCCACUCACCAGACAACGAAACGGCUGAGUUUCGAGACAACGAACACAUAUGACCGACGAAAACGAACGAUCGUCCCGAUCGGCGGUAGGAACACACCAAGCGGACCUGCAGAACUUCUAGAAUAACUCUUCACAAAUUUCAUCCGAAUUUGUGACAGCUCCAGAAAGCCUAGGGUCCUCUUGUAACUCCUCCGCAGCCUGUCGCAGCGACGAUUGUACCAUGUAAUAUUUAUUUUAAUUUAUUCGCUAAUCUUAAAAUCAAUAUUUGUUUCGUCCCCUCAUCUCCCCCACGAACAGUAGAAAAAAUACGAAAAUUAAAACUGUUAAACAGUCAUAUUUAAAAACAAAGAGAUCAUGUUUUUGAUUAGUUAUUUGAGUUUGUUUCCAUUUGGAAAGCGAUUACACAUCGCACUCCAAUAUACAGCAACCUAGCCAAAGCCAAUGUGUAGGACGCGAGGUAGGGAGGGUACACGCGAACCACCGGAGCAUCGUCUCCAGCCUUCGCUUAUACCCCUCCCUCCUACAGCAAGAGAGUCAUCGUAUGUUACGAUACAGGGAAGGAAGAAGAAAACAAAACGUAAUUCGAACGCGGGAACCGAAAUUCGGUGGCACUCAGUAGCAAACUCUAUUUCGUCCAAGGUCCCGAAAUAUGUGCGAUGGAUGCCUUUGCAAGAGGGUAGCGCAUAAAAAUUGAACAAUAAACGUAUGAAAUGUCUUAAGCAAA